AGGAGAUGACCAGAGACUGCGGACACAGUGCAGGGGAUGACCAAAGACUGCGGACACAGUACAGGGAUGACCAGAGGCUGCGGACACAGUACAGGAGAUGACCAGAGACUGCGGACACAGUGCAGGGGAUGACCAAAGACUGCGGACACAGUACAGGGAUGACCAGAGACUGCGGACAGUACAGGGAUGACCAGAGGCUGCGGACACAGUACAGGAGAUGACCAGAGACUGCAGACACAGUACAGGGAUGACCAGAGACUGCGGACAUAGUACAGGAGAUGACCAGAGACUGCGGACAGUACAGGAGAUGACCAGAGACUGCGGACACAGUACAGGAGAUGACCAGAGACUGCAGACACAGUACAGGGAUGACCAGAGACUGCGGACACAGUACAGGAGAUGACCAGAGACUGCGGACACAGUACAGGAGAUGACCAGAGACUGCGGACACAGUACAGG